AUGGAGGGAGACCAACUCUGCUUUCCUCAUCUCAACACCUCGUGCAGAAGGCCUCAGAGCUCCUGGUCCCACAAGGUGCUGAUCUUCAUGGUGCUGACCUUCAUCUCUGUGCUCACUACCACUCUCAACCUGCUGGUCAUCAUCUCCAUCUCACACUACAAGCAGCUCCACAGCCCCACUAACCUCCUCCUCCUCUCUCUGGCCGUCUCAGACUUCUUCGUGGGCUUCCUCAUGUUCUUUCAGAUCCUCCUGAUCGACGGCUGCUGGUACCUGGGUGACCUCAUGUGUGAUCUCUAUAGUACUUUUGACUUCAUCAUCACGUCCUCCUCUGUAGGAAACAUGGUGCUCAUAUCAGCGGACCGCUACGUGGCCAUCUGUGACCCUCUGCACUACUCGUCCAGAGUGUCUGUGAGAGGGGUCUCGGUGUGCUCGGGUCUCUGCUGGAUCUGCUCUGUUCUGUAUAACGGGGUCUUGAUGAGGGAUUACCUGAAGCAGCCGGGUCAGUUUAAGUCCUGUGCUGGAGAGUGUGUGGUUGUAGUGGAUUACGUUGCGGGGCUUGCGGAUGUGUUUUUCUCCUUCAUUGGUCCCGUCAGCGUCAUCAUGGUCCUGUACCUGAGAGUGUUUGUGGUGGCUGUGUCUCAGGCUCGUGUGAUGCGCUCUCAGGUUGCGGCUCAGCAGAGUUCAGUGAAAGUCACCGUGAAGAAGUCUGAGCUGAAAGCAGCCAGGACUCUUGGCGUGGUCGUGGUGGUGUUUCUUUUAUGUCUCUGUCCGUAUUUCUGCGUCACGCUGUCGGGACAGGACACUCUGAUCGACGCUUCGUCUGCUGCCUUUGUGAUCUGUCUGUUCUACUUUAACUCGUGUCUGAACCCUCUGAUCUACGCCUUCUUCUACCCCUGGUUCAGGAAGUCUGUGAGACUCAUCGUCACACUGCAGAUACUGAAGCCCGGCUCCUGUGACACCAACAUGCUCCAGAGAGAUGCUAAGAGCUGA